AUGUCGAUGCGCAUCGUCCCCGCGGCCGACCACACCAGUACCUUCACACACCUGCCCAACGGCGUCAACACAUCAGCCCCCUCCGCCCCGGGCCUGCACGACACCCUGAGGCACGGCCUGGGUCCCGACCCCCAGUCCACCACGGGCGUCAGCGACCCCCCCGUGUCCCGCCACCCGCUCGAGUCGCGCCUCAAGGCGUGGGAGGCGACCCAGGAGUCCGUCCGGAUGGAGUCGCUGCGCAAGACGUUCGGCAUGGCCGAGCCGAUCCGCCGCGGCAUGGAGCUCAAGAUCACGCGAGACGGCGAGUGGCGGCCCCUCGCGCUCGGCGGCUCGCGCGGCGCGGGCCCCACGGGCGCCAACGUCCACGAGGACAUCCUCCGCGGGCGCGAGGCCUUUGUCGACUGGAACGACGUCUUCACGGGCGAGGAGCAGCGGGCGAGCGUGGGCGUGCACGAGGAGAUGGAGAGGAAGCUCAAGAUUUGA